AAAUAAUUUGAGUCAAUGUGCUGAAUGAACCAUGGAGACCAUAGAGGUACAGAAAUUCCCUUUGAUGGGAAGUAACAUGCAGUAUGACACGAGUACAAGAAGUUUUAUUGAACGACAACAACCGCCUAAACUGGAUACAACUUUGGAAAAAGUACUGCAACUUCUGACUGAUCCUCAUUCCACGAAAGUGAAAGAAAGACACACCAAAGCAGUGAAGAGGAUUUGUGACAGAUACUUCAGUGGCUUCUAUCUGAAAGACUUAGGACUGGUGUAUAAGAUAGUGGAGUCGCUUGUUGAGCACAUGAGGGAAGAUGAAGACUAUACCAGCUCGCUCGUUCAGAUUAUCAUGCUUUGCGGGAAAUCGUUUCUGAAGGAGAAAGCUUCGGACGAUGCGGUGUACGGUAAAGAUCUAGCCGAGUUCCUUGUUAAGCUUGUGAGACUGAUAGAGCUGCCGAAGCCUAUGGUACAGAUAGCAGUGACACACUGUAUUGGUAGUCUCUACUGCACUCCGGUUCCUAUCUAUAAUGACGGACCACAAGCAUGUAGACACGAGCUGAACAUCAAGGCAAUAGAGGACAGCAACGUGGUCAAGAUAUUCGCUUCAGAGCUCAAGAAAAUGGAGGACGACACUGUGUACCAGGAAAUCCUGCACCUCCUCCUCUUUCUCAGUCUCUCGUCGAGUAAUUGUGACUGUUUGCUGGAUAUGGAUAUAAUAUCCGUGAUCUCAAAGAACAUGGUCGGAGCGUGUGGGUCAAGUAACAGCAAGUUGUUGCAGUUGAGCGUAGAAGUACUGUGGAACGUUAUCGAAUAUGGAAACCCAGACAAGGUUCAGGACAGAUUCGAGACCAGCUCUGUCGUAAAAUCGCUCUACUACACCUUCUGCCACUUCAUCAAAAAAGCAAAGACUAAACAAGAUCUUCAAUUGCGGAACGAUGUGAUGUCAGUGACGCAAGUUCUAGUGACCCGGUGCCCUAGCGCCCCACUUCUCGAGUGUGGCUUCAUUAAAAUACUCACUCUGGUAGCCACCAGUUCUGAGGUAAAAACAACAGACGAGCUAAUGAAAGGAUUCUCUAUGAAGCCGCAAAAUGACGACUUUGAGCUAAAGAAGGCGGCCUGGACCACACUCAUCGGGCUGGCUGAAAAUGACGCCAUGAGACAGGUGAUGAUUGACGUGGGACUGCUGACGGCGCUGUUCGAUUACGUAAAGCCAAACGACAGUGUGUGCAGUGUGGAAUGGACGAGUGCUCAGUAUGAAGAACUUCAACUUCAGGCACUGUCGAGUCUAGAAACCCUGUCGCCCCUGUGUCUGGAGGAAUACAUGAGAGGACACGGCAACACAAGACUUAUAAUGUUACUGGAGUGGGCGUGUCUGGACUGUAAGUCUCGCCACAUCACCAACUCACUCACCACACCCACCGACACAGGUGAUUACGGAGGACACGGAAACAGCUUCUUCGGAGAGGGGGGCUACCAAACCCGGCGAGCUCAGCUCCGAUACACUAUCAGAGUCCUUCUGGCGGUGGUGCGAACGGGAAACGAAAACGUCAUACAAGAUCUGUGCGAUCAAGGACUCAUAGGGUCGCUACUAGUGGUAUUGAAGAUGUACAAAGACACUGAGGUGCCGAUAGAGUUAAGUAUCCUCUCAAACACUCUGCUCAUUCUCUCAGUUGUCUGUGAGACAGACUCGCACAGAAAGGCGACGUUUGGAGACGAGGGGGUCGACCUCCUGCUCAACUUUCUCAGUCUCGACAGUGAGAAGUUUUCCUCAGGGCUGGGGUAUCACAAACUGCUCCUCAGCUCUGUCAAUGCUAUCUGGUGCUGCGUUUCCUUCAUGAACCAGGACCUAUUUCUAGAGCGUGGAGGUAUCCCCAUCCUUCUUGAUCUGCUGGAGAAGUGUCCCCCAAGUAUGCAGAACUUGGUCCUGGGCGCGCUCCUUGACCUCACAGAAGAUGCACGUGCACUUCCGCACGUGGUCACGUGGAGGGGAACAGGCCAGAAAACUGCAGUGUCCCUUCUGAUCCAGCUGUGGAGGGCGGAGGAACAUGCAAUGGGCGUCAAGAGAGAUAGGAACCAUAUCAUGGCAGACCCAGCCACGCCUCUACAAGGAGCAGAACAGCUGAUGACUGACGUUAGCGCGCACGCCCUCAGCUCCACUCCUACUCUGGCUAUACUGGAUGUUGCUGAUAACAUGCGAGCAAAGAUUUACGCUAUGCUUUUCCGGAUUGGGUUUGAUAAUCUACCUCCCGUUUCUGCCAAGGAUCAGAUCACACUGACUCUGAUUGAGAACUACUUGGAUUUCAAAGUUGGAGAGGUUUGGGAGGAGAUAAUUGCAGAACUGAUGCUGGAUAACAUCACCCCUAUCAAGAGUGACAGGGAGGCUCUCAGAGAGAUACAGACUAUCAUAGCCGCCAAAAGUGAAGCUGUUAAACGGCAUCAGAUGGAGAUACUGGACAGGGAGAGCCGAGUUGAGUUGGAAGAUGAACAAGCUUGUUAUGAACAGAUCAAGUUCAACUUCAAACAGUGGGAACAACAGAACGCAUCCAGGAUCAACUUCAUCAACAAAACAAGCGACUACGAGACUCUUCAAAUAUCAAAACAAAGGCAAAGUGCUCUGGCUGAGAAAUCAAAACAGGAUCCCCCAGGUAUCAGGGACACAGUGGAACACAACACCUUGCUCAAGAUGCUGACCACCACUGUUCACAGUGGGCGCCACAUCAACGUCCCCCUCUCUGAUAACCCUAACCUUGUCUCUCCGCACAAGGUCCUUCCUGGUAUCUCCCCCACUCGCAGCAACGAGCGCAGUGUCAUCACUCAGUGACUUCGUCACGUGAUCUGUGAAAACAUGUCCCGUGGUGAGUGACGUCGCGUGAUGUUGUGACGUCACGUGAUGUUGUGACGUCACGUGAUGUUAUGACAUCACGUGGUGACUGACAUCACUUAGUGAGUGUGCUGUACUUGAACGGAACUUUAUUUGAUAUGGCAGACUUUUUGUACACUUUUAAUUUAUUCUCACAAAAAAUCUCGUUAGAUGCCAGGAUCCUUCACAUAUAAGUUAAAGUAUAACGCAGUUUCUGAGAAAAUAUAUUUUACAAACGAUGAUUAAAUUAUAGCUCUGCAGAAACACAGGAGGACUAUAUUGUGCGAAAAUACAACUGCAUAAUAUGUGAAGAGUUCCUUAGAUUAUUUAAGUCUAAAAAAUAAUAAAACAAGAGUAUUUUGGAUAUUUUUAAGUCAUGCGAUUACCUUUGUAAAUAAUUGUACAUAUUAUGUCACUGUUCUCAUUUGCAUCCCUUAA